CUGACAGUUCUGGGACUCAGGGCAGAAGGCAGAUAGGGAGGAAGGCUGGAGCUUGACAGGACAUUCACAGCAUCUUGGAUAUCCGCUCCUUACAUGAGCACCACCACCAUCAUAUCGCCUCCCUCUGGGACACAACAGAAUAGAAAAGAGAAGCUGAAGAAUGUGCCCCUCUACCUGGGAGAAGACAUCCGUCCUGAAAUGAAAGAAGACAUAUAUGACCCCACCUACCAGGAUGCGGAGGGCCCCCCGCCCAAGCUGGAGUACGUGUGGAGAAACAUCAUCCUCAUGUCCCUGCUGCACGUGGGAGCCCUGUAUGGGAUCACGCUGAUUCCCAGCUGCAAGUUCUACACCUGCCUCUUUGCAUGUGUCUGCUAUGUGAUCAGUAUGGAGGGCAUCGGAGCAGGAGCCCAUCGCCUGUGGAGCCACCGAACUUACAAAGCACGCCUGCCCCUUCGGCUCUUCCUCAUCUUUGGUAAUACAAUGGCAUUCCAGAAUGAUGUGUAUGAAUGGGCCAGAGAUCACCGUGCCCACCACAAGUUCACAGAAACCCACGCUGAUCCUCACAAUUCCCGUCGUGGCUUUUUCUUCUCUCACGUGGGUUGGCUGCUUGUACGCAAACACCCAGCUGUCAAAGAGAAGGGCGGUAAACUGGACAUGUCUGACCUAGAAGCUGAGAAACUGGUGAUGUUCCAGAGGAAGUACUACAAACCAGGCAUCCUGCUGAUUUGCUUCAUUCUGCCCACACUGGUGCCCUGGUAUUUUUGGGGUGAAACUCUUAAACACGGCUUGUAUGUUGCCACUUUCCUGAGAUAUGCCUUAACGCUUAAUAUCACCUGGCUUGUGAACAGUGCUGCCCAUCUCUAUGGCUAUCGCCCUUAUGACAAGAACAUUGAUCCACGGGAGAAUGCCCUGGUUUCAGUCGGGACUAUGGGCGAGGGCUUCCACAACUACCACCACACCUUCCCCUUUGACUACUCAGCCAGUGAGUACCGCUGGCACAUCAACUUUACCACGUUCUUCAUCGACUGCAUGGCCGCGCUCGGCCUGGCUUAUGACCAGAAGGAAGUAUCCAAGGCUGCUGUCUUAGCCAGGAUUAAAAGAACUGGAGAUGGAAGCCACAAAAGUGGCUGAGUUUUGGGCCAUCUGGGUUCCUAUUCCGAAAGCCAGCUUGGCAGCGGUUUAAUGUUCUGCUCAAAAACCAGAUGAGCAAAAGAUUAAUGUUCUGCUGUUGAAAUGCUGAAUGAUACCACCCAUGUUCUAAAGAAUCCCAUUCUAAAACACUAGUUUUGUAAAAUGUCCAAAUAUUAAAAGGCAAGAACCCUCCUUUCUGACACUAAGCAGAUAGUCUUACAUCCUCACUCUUCUGUUCCCAGGGGCCUUUUUAUUGCUUAGUCCUUAUCAGCCUUCUCUUCUUUCUUUAUUGCUUUCCAGGUAAGCUGCAGUCAGCAAUAGGUUGG